UAGUGCAACAAGCUGUAGGUAAACACUAAAGAAGAGGAAGAAACGCAGUCGAGCGGAAGUGUUUCUGAGCGGUACUUCUGAUCCACGUUCGGUUCGGACGGAAAGAUGAACGCUCCUCCAGCUUUCGAGUCAUUUCUGCUGUUUGAGGGAGAGAAGAAGAUCAGCAUCAGCAAAGACACGAAGGUUCCCAACGCUUGUUUGUUCACGCUGAACAAGGAGGACCACACGCUGGGCAACAUCAUCCGAGCUCAGCUGCUGAAGGAUCCUCAGGUUCUGUUCGCCGGUUAUAAAGUUCCUCACCCCUUGGAGCAUAAGAUCGUCAUCCGGGUCCAGACCACACCUGACUACAGUCCCCAGGAAGCGUUCACCAAUGCCAUCACAGACUUGAUCAGUGAGCUGUCGCUGCUGGAGGAACGCUUCCGGGUCGCCAUUAAAGACAAGCAGGAAGGAAUCGAGUGACCCCGCCCACUCUGGUGUUUUUUCUAAUAAAGAUGUGAUGUCAUA